AUCAGAGUGGGUGUCAGAGAAUAGAAGUGAAGGUGACGAUUUAUAUACCUUUAACAACCGACAAUGUGCGGUUAUGAGGAGUUUUUCUUCCCUGCGCUAAAUGGGCGAGCACGAGUGUUGGACUGCUUGGCCCCGUGGUUGUGCCUCAGUCCCCCCCGAUCCCUGGGGUCUGCAGGCCCUCCUCAUCCUGCCCUGCACAACCCCGCCGGAGUGGUGGCAGGUGGCGGUGGUGGCUGGCUGACGCCACCUCUCCGCCAUCACACUAACUCACAGAGCGGCGGCGGCGGCACCGCGUCGUCCUCCUCGUCUGCCAACGCUAAUAAUGUGCCCGGUGCCUCCAGCUCUGCGCACUCCACGCACACAAACAUGGUCAAGACGUUCCAGGCUUACCUCCCCUCGUGUCACCGCACGUACUCCUGCAUACACUGCCGCGCUCAUCUCGCCAACCACGACGAGCUUAUAUCUAAGUCGUUUCAAGGCAGCCAAGGGCGAGCGUAUUUAUUUAAUUCCGUGGUCAACGUUGGUUGCGGGCCAGCGGAGGAGCGCGUGUUGCUUACAGGACUACACGCCGUGGCCGACAUCUACUGCAAGUGCUGCGAGAACACGCUCGGCUGGAAAUAUGAGCACGCUUUCGAAAACAGCCAGAAGUAUAAGGAGGGUAAAUUCAUCAUAGAAUUGGCACACAUGAUCAAAGAUAACGGCUGGGACUGAGACUUCAGAGCGUAAUUCUCCGCUCAGUUCUAAUGUGGGCGCGAGAGAAGAACUGGCACAUGAGAAGACAUUUUCAUACGAAGAAGUCGAGUGAUAACUUUGAAUUAAACCUUAUAGACUGGAUUAGGAUUGUGUUUUGGAAAAUCAAGUAGACAUGGAUUGAUUAUUUCUACGCACUAUUAUCAAAAUAACCCCCAUUACUUUAUCAUCAUUCAGUAUAUUGAGUUCCUUGUAACGAACAUGGAGACUCAGGCUAUUUGGUUGCGCUGCGAAGCUUACAAGAGGUCGAUGUGAUGUAUGGGUUACGGUGUCGCUUGAAACUUGGUCCUUUUAAUUCCUUUUUUGUGUCGAUGUUUUUAUAUAUUUGGGUGCAGCGGGGACUUUGGCUGUAGCUUCAUGGCGAGAAAGAAUUUGAAGAUUCUUGUGUAGUUGCAAUUUCAAGCAUCGUUACCCCAUCAUAUCUCAUUUCUUAGCCAAGUCCGGCCUGAUUUUAUUUCAGAGUUUAGCUCUAAAAGUUUUUAUGUCAUUGGGCAAAAUUUCCGGAUUAUAAUUGAGUUUUCCGCGUGAAAACAUCAAUAAUGCGCUACUUGUUUGCCUGAUGUUUUAUUUGUAAAGAAGUAACGUCUCUGCAUUGUCUUAUAUUUUAGAUUGAGGCUGUAGCAUCCAUGUAUUUUCAUCGACACGAAGUCGAAUCGUUUUAGCAUAUCUAAAUUCAUUCAUCCACUUUUUAUUUUAGUAAUAGUUCUGUGAACUAUUUCAGUCCGCAAUUGAGGAAACUUGGCUAUGCUAUAAUGAUGGACUGAUGUGCUUCAAUCGCUCGCAGGAGUCGUCAGCUAACCGAGUCUAGUGUGUGAUAAAAAGCUCUGCAUUUUGAGUGAGUGCUCACUGAGCGCUUUAUUGUUCUCAACGUUGGAAAAUUUCCUAGCGGAAGAUUUUCGAUCAAUCUGUGAUGUUUAGAUUUAUAGGCUACAGUCAACAAUAGACUUUCUCUAUGUUCCGACGCCUUGGCCUUAAUAUGUUUACUUACGCUGCCACUUUUAGUGAUGGACUGUUCAAGAACAUUUUAUGUCUGCGCUGACGGGAUCGUUUCAUCGACGCUGUGUGUUUUGUUUUUGUCAGCUGCUAGGUAUAUUGUGUACUGUUUUUGUUCUUAACUCUCGAUGCUGAAGGCAGUAAAAUUUUGUAUUGUGAUCAUUGCAUUGGUCGUGGAUAUGUUUUUAAAUGUCCAAGCGUAGUGAGGGAACAUGUGAAUGAGAAAUUAGGUUUCAUUAGUGGACGCAAAUUUCGAUGUAAUUGAUGUCGAUUAUGUAUUCUGCAAAGAACAUGUGUGAAUCUCUGAAGUGCUCAAAUUUAUUUAAAUUCUGAAUUCUUUGCGCUUGGAACUUUCAUUGGAAAAAUAGUUCAACCGAGAGCUUCAUCUGUCUCUCUUCAGUUUAAUCACCGUUUUUUAUAGACAUUAUAUUGUGUUCCUGAUGAAUUAUCAGAACGCGUUGCAUCUUUUAAUUCAUUUUCUACCAAGCGAACUCAUGCUUUGGGGUAUUGCUCUGCUCCGGUAUUCUUCGUGAAAAAAUUGUUAUUCCCUGAACCGCUGCGAGUGUGGAAGUGUGUUUACAAUGUAGCUGCUGAGCUGUUGUAUUAGUAGAUCUGUUUACUCACUGCGGUAUAUUUGUGUAGAAUUUCUUGCAUGUGUAACCUUGUGACCUAGUUUCGUUUGCAGCCUUUACUCACGAUUGUGUGGAAUUAGUGGCUCUGAUUGAUUAACUUUUCAAAAUAUUUUUGAGCUUAGGCGAAAUUCCGUGCUAUACGAAAUCGAACUUCAGUUCGAAAAACUUGCCGCAAUUCCCUGUUAUCAUAUUCGACUUUAUUUCGAACGAACUUUUCUUAUCUGUAAUACCAGCUGCUUUUUGAUUGGAAGAUUUACUUCAGCAUAUCAAUGUUCUAGGUAAAAUUCUGUUAUUUCUCUUAGGACAUCUAUCACGAAAUUUUUAUUUCAUAACAACAAUUAUUGAAUUAAAAAACUCAAAUUGAAGUACGUUGAACGCAGGUUCUGCUGCAAAAGUUUAAUCACGACUGGCGUUUUUUGAACGAACAUUUAUUGAGCUAAGGCCAGGUCGGGAGGCAGGAAGUGAUUGCGAAGGACCUAUGGAGAGAAACAAUCACUUGUGUGGCAACAAGGAGAACGAGUCGUUAAAAAAAGGCAAGUGCAAGUAAUUAAAUGUUAACGGAAGAGUAGUAAUACGUUGUAAAGCAGGAGUAAUGGUGACUGAAGGAGUAAGAACAACAGUGAUAGGCGGAGUGUGAGGAUUGUUUGUACUGUGGCAUUAUAUGAUAUUCUCCAAGAAAGGUCUAGGCGACGACCUUUUUCUGUACAGUUCUGUAUUUUGUGUGCCGCUGCCGUGAUAGUGAACUAUAAAUUGACCUCUGUAACCUGUUCAUUUCUCUCGUAGCUCACUAUUGUGGUUCACUUCAUCAUCCACUCGCGAGUCUCAACUUUCUCUCGAUUAUCAUCUCGCUUGCCAUUGAACAUUACUCACCAUCUCGCUUGCCAUUGAACAUUACUCAUCCGCUAUUUGCAUACUGUAAACUCGCAGUGUCAUUUUUCUCAACUCUUGGCAAAUUCACUUACCCUCGAGCCACCCAUUUUACUAAGCUACCUCCAUCCUUCGCUCAUAUUCAUGUGUUCCUUUAAUUCAUAUUAAUUUCCUGGACCUGGUCUCGCUCAUACUUGCGUCUUCUCUCCAUAUUUCACUGACUUUGCACAGUUUUCACUGCACUUUAUUAUUUAUCUUGCAUCAGCUUUGUUAGGAUAAGAGUCUUGUUGUAAUUAUUUUUGCUAAUUAGUUUUCAUAACCGAAAAUACGAAAAUCAGCGUAGUAGUGAACUUCGUCUGAACUUCAUGCGAGUAACGAAGUUAGAGUAGCUUGCUUCGUUCCGUCGAUGUCUCGUUUAAGGAAGUAUAAUUGCUUUUGGUGCAUUUUGUUUGUUAUUCUGUAAGUUGCAUGAUUGGUAAAUUAACAGUGUUGCGUAAUUAAUUUCUAGAUAAUUAUUAAAUGUUCUCUAAUCAUUCAAUAUUGCAGUACGCGUGUUGUCUCUGACGCGCUUUUAGCUUCUUUCUCAACCACAAAAAAUAGUUAGUUGCCAUUUAUAAUAGACUUUGAUAUGUUUCAAAAUUUUUUUAGUAUAUAUGGCAUAAUUUUUUUGCCAUAAAACAUUUCUUUCUAUCGGAAUUAAAUUUAGAAGUAAAUUUAGCAUCAUUCGUGCCGUCACUAAAUCUGAUGCAUCUGUUUGUUGCCAUAAUUUGAGUUGGUUCACGUAUACGGAAUGAAAAUUAUAUAGUAUUUGUGGGUGUCCGUAUCACAUAUUAUUCAAGUUGAGAACGAUUUUUGUUGGGGUUUUCGUUGCGUCCAUUGCCUUCAUAAUAGAAUUUUUCAUGAUGUAAUUUUUCUCGCCUACAUCACAACAAGAUGUGCGAACUACACGACUCAAAGCAUUUCUUCCAACGAAAUGGAAGCGCUUUUUACGUCUACUAGAUAUUAUAUUAUUAUGAAUUUGUAACACGGCCUGACUAUCGUCCAAAAUUAUAGCAAUCUGUACGCAUUUUCGAUACAGAGAUCAUGUUGAUUUCGAUGAAUUUUUUUGUGUUUGCCGAAGUUAGAAUCAGUCAGAAGUGAGAGUGAUGACGCUUUUCUUCAUCAUCGAAGUUGACUCGUCUCUUCAUUGGUUGAAUCUUUGUAUUAAGGUUAGAGGUUCUUAUAGUGACUGCGUUCGUGUGGACAAUGCUUGAUUUUAGCAGGUAUACUUACGUUAAGUUCUGUAGUCUUUCAUAUUUUACUUUAGAUUUGUGAGAUUUGUUCCUUCACAUGACGCCUUGUUCGCCCUGUAACCGGCUGCUCAUCGAAGACGCGAUCAAAGAGCUUUAAUUGUAACGAAGUUAUUGGCUUGACUCAUUUCUAGCAUGAAGAACGACAUUUUGUAGCUGGAGCCGUACAAUCCAAACUCCCUUCACUACAUCUAGCGGCUGAUUUAUUGCAUGCGAUCAACGGUUUAGCUUGAAAAGCCGUUGAAGAUUGGAUGAGUGAGUUUACAAAAUAUAAGCUAUGUUUGAUGGUACUGCUCCUGUUCUGACCAGCGUGCGCGUCUACACAUGUAAUCAGUAAAUGCUGACACUUACCGAACAUCGCCAUCUCAGUGUAGGCCGAAAUUUAUGCUCCAUUAAGACUACACUGAAGUAAAAAGAAUAAAGUGUCGGGUGCCGAAUUUUAUUUCGAUUGCACCGGUCUCGUAUUUGAAAGAGCCUGCGUUGUGCCACGUAGAUGUUCUUCAGACGCUAAAGAAGUCCCGAAUAUUUAAAAGCGAGUAGAUUUUUUAUGUUUAAUAUUCGGAAUUGUCUGGAAAUUACACUUAUUGAAAGUGUUUUAUGUUAGUCAAUCAUCAUUUGGGGCUUAUGAACGUGUAGCCUGAAAACUCGGUGAGGAAGCCGGUCUAGAUUACUGUGUGAAGGGGCGAUUCUGGAGGCAAGUCUGUAGGCUAGAUUAUGGCCUAUGUUUUCUCUGAUGUGAAAGUCAAUAUUAUCAUUUGUAAAUAGUCGGUUCAUAAGGAGCUUCAUCUCUCUCUGUCAUUUAAGUUAAACUCCAUCUACAAGGAAGCAAAAAAUGAUAUUUUCUUUCAGUACGUAUUUUUUUACUGUCGCUGUGGAUUAAAAUGUGUGAUUUUCGAAUAAUUUUUCUCCGCCUAUUUUUCGGCCUCAUAUUCCGUGCUAGCAUUUGAUUGCUGAAUUCCGUUAAAAUUAAAAUUUAAGCUACAUAUUUAUUGUUCGAAAAAAUAAUUUUGAUUUUGGAAGUGAAUACUUUGAUAUCUUUACCGAGCUUCAUUAGUUCCACUUCCUAGGUCUGGAACGAACUACGAUUGCUUCCACUUUUAAUGCGAGCUCUGGCGUAGAUCAUCAUAAGUCCAAGUAACGCCUUUUUUCUAUUCGUCCCAGCAUCUUUUUCAUCAUUCUGAGUUAUUGCGUUUCAGCAACUGAUUUUUUUUUAAUGUUGUUGCUCCUAUCUUCAUCUUCAGUUCCUGUUAUUUUUGUCAUCUCAUGUUUUGUUAGACAGACAAGCGAGCUGUACCAUGUAAGGAACUCGAUAGUAAUUAAAUAAUUAUUCAUAAUUUU